UGCGACCGGUUCCCAGGCCCUGCACUAGGUAGGUUGUUUACCCAUUCAAUGGUUACAUGGGAGGGGCGUGCGUAUCUUUCUGAUGCAAGGCACCUUGCCCAUCUUACACCAGCAGUGACUCAGUUUCCUCAUGUGUGGUUCUUCCCAAAGAAUGAGGCCGAGUAUAAAGUCAGGGUGAUGCCCCUCCCUUUCAUCCGAGGAGGAUAUCCUAUUACUUGAUCAUCGUGUGUUCAUACCGGGCCAUACCCCCUAGCCCUCUCCUCUUCAGACUUCCUCAUAAGAUUCCCCUUUCCCACCAGGGACCCCCUGAACACAACCACAUCAACCAAAGCAUACGCCUCCAAACCGCAAAGAUGGAUCAACCAUCACGAACAUCAUCACACACCCUCCCGCCAGGCUCCUCCUCAGACUCAGACGGCGCCGCAGCACCCCAAUACGCCCGCCCAACCCGCCGCUCCUCCAUCGCCUCAAACGUCCUCCACCCCGUAAAGACAAAGGAGGAAAUCGACCCAGAGCUGGACGUGAACCUCCCCUACCGAACCCUCUCCCCCAACGCAAACCUCGACGAGUACCGCGUAGAAACCCACAACGGCGAGAUCCCAGCCGUCGCCACCGAUGCUUCUUCCGCGCCAGCAGGCCGCGCAGACUAUAAACUCGUCACCUUCGUCCCCAACGACCCCCAAAACCCAAAGAACUGGAGCAAGGCCUACAAGUGGUACUGCACAAUGGUCGUCGCCCUAACCUGCUUCGUCGUCGCCUUCUGCUCCUCGGUCAUCACAGCAGACAUUGAAGGCGUCGCCGCAGAAUUCCACUGCUCAGAGGAAGCCGCCUUGGUUUCCAUCACCGUCUUUGUCAUCGGCUUCGGCAUCGGUCCCAUGGCCUUCGCGCCCCUGUCCGAAAUUUACGGCCGCCAGGUGAUUUACGCAUCGACCCUCCUCAUCGCCGUAAUCUUCAUCAUCCCCUGCGCCGUGGCCAAAAACCUCGCAACGUUGCUCGUCUGCCGCGCCAUCGACGGCAUCGCCUUCUCCGCGCCCAUGACACUCGUAGGCGGCACCCUCGCAGACCUCUGGCGCAACGAGGAGCGCGGCGUCCCUAUGGCAGCCUUCUCCGCCGCGCCCUUCAUCGGCCCGGCCAUCGGUCCCCUCGUAGGCGGCUUCCUCUCCGACGCGGCGGGCUGGCGCUGGCUCUACUGGAUCCAGCUCAUCAUGGCCUUCGUCGUCUGGGUCCUCAUCUCCUUCACCGUCCCGGAAACCUACGCGCCCACGAUCCUCGCCCGCCGCGCCCAAAAGAUGCGCAAGGAGACCGGCGACGCAACCCACGUCACGGAACAGGACAUCGACAUGCGCCCCUUCAGCGAGCGCCUGGGCAUCUUCCUCAUCCGCCCCUUCCAGCUCCUCUUUGGCGAGCUCAUCGUCUUCCUCAUCUCAAUCUACAUGUCCGUCCUCUACGGCCUGCUCUACAUGUUCUUCGUCGCCUUCCCCAUCAUCUACCAAAAGCGCAAGGGCUACUCCGCCUCCUCGACAGGCCUCAUGUUCAUCCCCCUCGCCGUCGGCGUCCUCCUCUCGGCAGCCUGCUCCCCUUGGGUGAACAAGCACUAUCUCACCCUCGUCGCAAAGCACAACGGCCACCCGCCCGCCGAGGCCCGCCUCAUCCCCAUGAUGCUCAGCUGCUGGUUCAUCCCCGUCGGCCUCUUCAUCUUCGCAUGGACAUCCUACCCGGAUCUCCACUGGGCCGGCCCGGCCUUUGGUGGUUUCCCCGUCGGCUUCGGCUUCAUCUUCCUGUACAACUCGGCCAACAACUACCUCGUCGAUUCCUACCAGCACCAGGCCGCCUCCGCCCUCGCCGCAAAGACCUGCAUCCGUUCUUUCUGGGGUGCCGCCGUCGUCCUCUUCACCGAGCAAAUGUACGACCGCCUCGGCGACCAGUGGGCCUCUUCCCUCCUCGCUUUCCUCGGUCUCGCGUGCUGUGCGAUUCCCUUCCUCUUCUGGGUCUACGGAGCCCGCAUCCGUGCCAGGAGCAAGUACGCCUACUCCGGCGAUGAAGAGGAGACGUCAGGGUCCGACAUCGAAAAGGCCAAGCCCGUCAAGAACGCUCUGGCUCCCACCCGCACCUUUGAGCCCGCGUAAGCGACUCGCAUAUCUCGACAUGUAUACACCUCGACACAUAUCAAAACACCCAACAAGUUGCUGUAUGUCAGCUAUUUGUUAUUGGCGCCUUGGCUACCAGCCCUGGAUUCGUUGGUAAUCUUUGUUUAUUCGGCGUAAAGAGGAGGCUGGCGUUGGAUAGAGGAAUCCAGGAGCGAGGGGCAUUUUAGACUAUAGACGCAUGUACAUUUCAACGGCCGGCGCCGUUAAUAAUCCUAAAUAAAAUUGAAAUCAAAUCAGUCGGGUUCAAUUGCAUGCAUGUGUGGAUAAUGCAACCAUUUGAACACAACAGUCCUCUUCUUGU